AUGGAUAGAAAUGCCUUUCACACUUUAGUUCUCUUAACUAAAGAUAUAGGAGGUCUGACUGAUAGUAAAAGUGCGCUAGAUGAUACUUACAUUCCCAUUAGAGUUCGAAUCCAACACAAACCAAGAUAUAGAACAAGAAAAGGAGAGAUAGCAACUAAUGUUUUGGGAGUUUGUGAUAGAAAUCUCAAUUUUACUUAUGUGUUACCUGGAUGGGAAGGUUCAGCUGCCGAUGGUCGUGUAUUACGAGAUGCUAUAGUACGAAGGAAUGGUAACUAUUAUUUGUGUGACGGAGGAUAUACGAAUGGAAAAGGAUUUCUUUCACCUUAUCGAGGUUAUAGAUAUUGGUUAAAGGAUUGGCGCGGCGAUAAUCCAUCGCCUCGUUGUAAAGAAGAGCUUUUCAACAUGAGGCAUGCUAGAGCUCGUAAUGUAAUUGAAAGGGCAUUUGGUUUGUUGAAAGGACGUUGGGGAAUUCUUAGAAGUCCUUCAUGGUACUCUGUUAAGGUUCAUAACAGGAUCAUUAGUGCUUGUUGUUUGAUUCAUAAUUUCAUUCGUAGAGAGAUGGAAGUGGAUCCCUUAGACAUUGAUGUAGAAGAACAAAUGGAGUAUCAACACGAGAAUAUUGAUGUUGUUGAAUCGUCGGAGGAGUGGACCACUUGGAGGGAUGAGUUGGCCCAAUCAAUGUGGAAUGCAAGAUUUUAA